GUCUACUACGGAAACGAGACUUCAAAAGUUCAGGGAUUUAAGAGCAGAACAAAAGAUGGGGAAACUCAACCGUCUUCCCAAAAGAGAUGCCGCAAUGUUGAAGAGAAAAUUAUCUGCCUUGCAAACAUAUCUCGGCGGUAUCAAAUAUAUGACGGGAUUGCCUGAUAUUGUGAUCAUCGUUGAUCAGCAAGAAGAAUAUAUGGCUCUUCGAGAAUGUGUAAUUUUAGGGAUUCCGACGAUUUGUUUAAUCGAUACAAAUUGUGACCCCGAUCUCGCAGAUAUUUCGAUCCCAGCCAAUGAUGACGCUAUAGCUUCAAUCCGAUUGGUUCUUAACAAAUUAGUAUCCGCAAUUUGUGAGGGCCGUUGUAGCUAUAUAAGAAAUCGUUGAUUAUGAUUAAGAAUAAUUAGUUAAUUAUUUGGGGAUUUUAUAGAUUUAUUGGAUCGGUUACUAUUCUUGAAUUAAAAAAAAGAAAAAACAAAAUGGAAAUGUGGGCAUAUUGAUAAUAUGUUAUGAUGUUAUGUGAUUUCUUGGUAUCCUAUGUAAUUUCUUGAUAUCCUAAAUAUACGAUUGAUGAAUACAAUUAGUGAUUCAAGUUGGUGAGUUGAGAAAGAGAUGGUUGAAUCAAAAUAAUUUAUUUUUUGAAGUUCAAUUUUUGUUAGAGGACCAUAUGAAUGUUAUACCAUGUUCCAUUAAAACACUCAAGGGGUUAUACGAUAUAUCGGGUGUAGAAGUAGGCCAACAUUUCUAUUGGCAAAUAGGAGGUUUACAAGUCCAUGCCCAAGUACUUAUCACUUCUUGGGUAGUAAUUGCUAUCUUAUUAGGUUCGGUGAUCCUAGCUGUUCGGAAUCCACAAACCAUUCCGACCGGCGGUCAGAAUUUCUUCGAAUAUGUCCUUGAAUUUAUUCGAGACUUGAGCAAAACCCAGAUUGGAGAAGAAUAUGGUCCUUGGGUUCCCUUUAUUGGAACUAUGUUCCUAUUUAUUUUUGUUUCUAACUGGUCAGGUGCUCUUUUACCUUGGAAAAUUAUACAGUUACCUCAUGGGGAGUUAGCUGCGCCCACGAAUGAUAUAAAUACUACUGUUGCUUUAGCUUUACUCACGUCAGUCGCAUAUUUUUAUGCGGGUCUUAGCAAAAAAGGAUUGGGUUAUUUUGGGAAAUACAUUCAACCAACUCCAAUACUUUUACCAAUUAACAUCCUAGAAGAUUUCACAAAACCCUUAUCUCUUAGUUUUCGACUUUUCGGGAAUAUAUUGGCUGAUGAAUUAGUAGUUGUCGUUCUUGUUUCUUUAGUCCCUUCAGUAGUUCCUAUACCUGUCAUGUUUCUUGGAUUAUUUACAAGUGGUAUUCAAGCUCUUAUUUUUGCAACGUUAGCUGCGGCUUAUAUAGGUGAAUCCAUGGAGGGUCAUCAUUGACUAGCUUUCAAAAUAGUCUUUUUAUUAUUAUUUUUUAUUAUUAUUAUUAAGUAAGUUUAUCCCAAUUCAUGCGUGGUUCAAGAUAAUCCAAUUGGUUGGGGAACAUAAUAACGUAUUACUAUAUGACUUAGAGUUUUAGGAGAAAAGAUGGACGGUAUUACAGAAUUGUAAAAAAAAAAAGAAGGGUUGGGGAGGUUAUACUAGAUGUAUGUAAUGUCUAUAAGCUCGGACCCCGUCUAUGUUUCUAGGAAUGAUUCUAGAAUCCGAUUUAAUCUAAAAAAAAUGCGGGUGGUUUACGUUAUGGAAGAAACAAAUAUAUAUGUCAUAUUAGAAUGACAUUAGAUAUUCAUUAGUUAUAUAAGGCUAUCCCUAUCAUCCUAUAUAACAUCACUAUAUUACAUAAUUACAUGCUAUUACUUAAUUACAUGCUAUUACUUAAUUACAUACUAUUACUAUUUUUAUAAUCAUAACUUCUACUCUGUAAUCAUAAUAUAAUCCUAUACAUAAUAUAAAAUAUAAUCCUAUACAUAAUAUAAUCCUAUAAUGAUAAUAUAAUAUAAUAAUAAUAUUAAUAUAAUAAUAAUAUAAUAAAUAUAAUAAUAAAUAAUAAUAAAUAAAUAAAUAAAUAUAAGUAAAUAAAUAUAAGUAAUAAAAUAAGUAUUAGUUAACAUUAAUAAUUAGUUUAAUAGUUAAUAUUAAUAUAAGUAUUAAUAUUCAUAUGUAAAAUAUCUAAGUAUCAAUUAAGUAUUAGUUAAUAUAAUCAUUUAUAAUUAUAUUAUCGAUAAUUAUUAGUAUUAAUUAUUACUAUAUAUUGAUAUUGGUACUACUACAUACUUUUAUAUUACUACAUAUUGAUAUAUUGAUAUUGAUUUGUAUUGGUAUUAAUUUGAUUGAUAUUGAUUGCAGCUCACACUGCAUUUAGUCACACUCCAUUUAGACGGAUUUCAAUAUCAGUCCUUCUAUUUUGUCUGUGAUUGUGGAUUGAAUGAACAAAGAGAUGAACUCAAGAAUGGUGUAGUAAAGAACGAAGAAUUAAAUGAAAGAGUGGUUCGAAACAAAGAAAUACAAUAGUUAGAACUGUAUGCAUAUGGAUUUACAAAAACUCCAUUAUGGGUAAAAACGAGAUAGUUGUGACGAUUCAGUUCAGUAAUUUAGUAAUAUUAUCAUUUCAAUUCGGAGUUUUUAGUUACUUCGGACCGCUGGAUCUUAAUGAUAAAAUGAGUAAUAAUUCAUUGGUUGAUUGUAUCAUUAACCAUUUCUUUUUUUUUGUGCGAGGAACUUACCAUGAAUCCACUGAUUUCUGCCGCUUCCGUUAUUGCUGCUGGAUUGGCCGUGGGGCUUGCUUCUAUUGGACCUGGAGUUGGUCAAGGUACUGCUGCAGGCCAAGCUGUAGAAGGUAUUGCGAGACAACCAGAAGCAGAGGGUAAAAUACGAGGUACUUUAUUGCUUAGUCUAGCUUUUAUGGAAGCUUUAACAAUUUACGGACUGGUCGUGGCGUUAGCGCUUUUAUUUGCGAAUCCUUUUGUUUAAUCCUAGAAAUAAAUAGAAAAAAGUACCUUACAUACUUUUUUCUUAUUUUAUUAACUUUAACUUGGAAUUGCCCUUUGCUUCUUCGAAUUAUAUUUACACUUUACUUAUAAAUUACUUAUUUGUUGAGACAAUACGCCAGGAAGGGCUGAUUUGAGGAUGAGGAAUUACCAGAUUCGCUUGCUUUCUUCCUUUCUGUCCUUAGCUUAGUACAAUAGAAAACUUUUUUACUUUCAUUGUUCGAAGCGUUUCAACAAACGAAAUAGUUAUCAAUUGAUAUGAGAUCUAAGACCUAAGUAAAGUAUCUUAUUGGAAACUUCUUGAAAACUUAAAAAAUAAUAAAUUUCAAACAAAUGAUUUAAUCUAUUGCCAUUAAAUAAAGUGGAAAUGAAAUUAAUAAAAAGAAAUCGAUCAAAAAAAGGCGAGUGAAGUGAUACAAAAAGAACUCUGUUCUUUGUUAGUCCUAUCCAUAAGAGAGGGGAGCAUAUGAAAAAUGUAAUCGAUUCUUUCGUUUCCUUGGGUCACUGGCCAUACCGCCGGGAGUUUCGGGUUUAAUACCGAUAUUUUAGCAACAAAUCCAAUAAAUCUAAGUGUAGUGCUUGGUGUAUUGAUUUAUUUUGGAAAGGGAGUGUGUGCGAGUUGUGUAUUUCAAGAAUAGGUUGGAUCCAUCCAGCUGCACUUUAUUUAUGGUAUUUAUAGGAGAAAUAGGAAAAAGGUGCACGAUCUCGACGAAUUACUUCUGAAUAAAUUAAGAAAUCAUAUGUAAGAACCAUAGCAUUUCGUGACUUAUUGGUAAAUCCACUUUGAUUCUCUAUCAACCAAUAAUGUGAGACCAUUAACAUGGUUAAAGCUAAAUUGUUUAAAGUCCAGGUAAAACAUGGUACUCUUUCUACCACUUCUACCACUACGUUAGUAACGAAAUGGUUAAAAAAAAAAUAGUUGGUAAUUUAUUUGAUUUGAUAUAGAACACUCAUAUCGAUAAAAGAAUUUGAACCAUUUACUAGAAAAAUGAGCACUUUGCUUUUUUUAUCUAAUGCCGAAAUGACGACCUAUGUAUAAAAAAAGAGGAAUUUUUGGACUUGAAGAAACAAAUAAAAAAUAUAAUAAUUAUUAUUUUCAUUUUUUUAAAAUGAAAAAUGAAAUAGAAUUCUAAAAAUGAAAAUGAUAAAUAAAAUACAAAACAAAUAUAAAUAAAAUACAAAUAAAGAAACAACUUUGCUGACAAUUCUAGAUUUUUGUCUGGUCUAGUCGGAAGAGUCCUCCUGAUAUUCUGGUCUUGUAUCAGUUUUGACAUCUUUGAAUACAAACAGAAAAGAGAGGGUAGGCUCAUUACAUUAAAAAAGAUAUGGGAAUACCCACACCAUAAAUAAAACAUUAAAAAAGAUAUGGGAAUACCCACACCAUAAAUAAAAUAAAUAAUUGAGCGUGAGAGCCAAAUGAAUCGAAAGAUUCAUGUUUGGUUCGGGAAGAGAUCAUGGAAGUUUUGAAAUUAAUGAUAAGAUAAUCUACUUUCAUUAAAUGAUUUAUUAGAUAAUCGAAAACAGAGGAUUUUGAAUACUAUUCGAAAUUCGGAAGAAUUACGUAAAGGGGCCAUUGAGCAGCUCGAAAGAGCCCGGGCUCGCUUACGUAAAGUGGAAAUGGAAGCAGAUGAGUAUCGAAUGAAUGGAUACUCUGAAAUAGAACGAGAAAAACAAAAUUUGAUUAAUGCCACUAGUAAUAGUUUGGAACAAUUAGAAAAUUACAAAAAUGAAACCCUUCAGUUUGAACAACAAAGAGCGAUUAAUCAGGUCCGACAACGAGUUUUCCAACAAGCCUUACAAGGAGCUCUAGGAACUCUGAAUAGUUGCUUGAAUAGCGAGUUACAUUUCCGUACGAUCCGUGCUAAUAUUGGCAUUCUCGGGGCCAUGCAAGAAAUAACUGAUUAGCCCUUCUUUUUUUAGUUAUAGUUUAGGCAUUAUUUUUAUCUUUUCCUUCCUAAAAAGAAUAAAGAAACACUAAUGGUAACCCUUCGAGCCGACGAAAUUAGUAAUAUUAUUCGUGAGCGUAUUGAACAAUAUAGUAGAGAAAUAAAGAUUGUGAAUACCGGUACCGUACUUCAAGUAGGCGACGGAAUUGCUCGUGUUCAUGGUCUUGAUGAAGUAAUGGCAGGUGAAUUAGUAGAGUUUCAAGAGGGUACAAUAGGCAUUGCUCUGAAUUUGGAAUCAAAUAAUGUUGGCGUUGUAUUAAUGGGUGAUGGUUUGAUGAUACAAGAGGGAAGUUCCGUAAAAGCAACAGGACGAAUUGCUCAGAUACCUGUGAGUGAGGGUUAUUUGGGUCGUGUUAUAAAUGCUCUGGCUAAACCUAUUGAUGGGAGAGGUGAAAUUUCAGCUUCUGAAUCUCGGUUAAUUGAAUCUCCUGCCCCAGGUAUUAUUUCUAGACGUUCUGUAUAUGAGCCUCUUCAAACGGGGCUUAUUGCCAUUGAUUCGAUGAUCCCUAUAGGACGCGGUCAGCGAGAAUUAAUUAUUGGGGACAGACAGACCGGCAAAACAGCCGUAGCCACAGAUACGAUUCUCAAUCAAAAAGGUCAAAAUGUAAUAUGUGUUUAUGUAGCUAUUGGUCAAAAAGCAUCUUCUGUGGCUCAGGUAGUGACUACUUUCCGGGAAAAGGGGGCGAUGGAAUAUACUAUUGUGGUAGCCGAAACGGCGGAUUCACCUGCUACAUUACAAUACCUCGCUCCUUAUACGGGAGCGGCUCUGGCUGAGUUUUUUAUGUAUCGUGGACAACAUACUUUAAUAAUUUAUGAUGAUCUCUCCAAACAGGCACAAGCUUAUCGCCAAAUGUCUCUUCUAUUAAGAAGACCUCCCGGUCGUGAAGCUUAUCCAGGAGAUGUUUUUUAUUUGCAUUCACGACUUUUGGAAAGAGCCGCUAAAUCAAAUUCUAGUUUAGGUGAAGGAAGUAUGACCGCUUUACCGAUAGUUGAGACUCAAUCUGGAGACGUUUCAGCUUAUAUUCCUACUAAUGUAAUUUCCAUUACAGAUGGACAAAUAUUCUUAUCUGCCGAUCUAUUCAAUGCUGGAAUCCGACCUGCUAUUAAUGUGGGUAUUUCCGUUUCCAGAGUAGGAUCCGCAGCUCAAAUUAAAGCCAUGAAACAAGUAGCCGGCAAAUCAAAAUUGGAACUAGCGCAAUUCACAGAGUUAGAAGCCUUUGCACAAUUCGCUUCUGAUCUCGAUAAAGCUACUCAGAAUCAAUUGGCAAGAGGUCAACGAUUACGCGAGUUGCUUAAACAAUCCCAAUCAGACCCUCUCGCAGUGGAAGAACAGAUAGCUACUAUUUAUACCGGAGCGAAUGGAUAUCUUGAUCCGCUAGAAAUUGGACAGGUAAAGAAAUUUCUCAGUCAGUUACGUAGCUACUUAAAAAACAAUAAACCUAAAUUUCAAGAAAUUAUAUCUUCUACCAAGACAUUCACCGAGGAAGUAGAAUUUCUUUUGAAGGAAGCUAUUCAAGAACAGAUCGAACUGUUUUUACUUCAGGAACAAACAUAAAUUUCUUACUUUUAUUCUAUUCUUGGUAUAUUCUAUUCUUAGUACAAGAGUAAUCAUUGAGAAAUAGUUCUGAUUCGAAUGAUUCAAAAAGGGUUUCUUAGUAUAGCCAUUUUUAAAAAGUAUAGCCAUUUUAAAAAUAGAUGGAAAUAAAUUGCGUCCAAUAGGAUUUGAACCUAUACCAAAGGUUUAGAAGACCUCUGUCCUAUCCAUUAGACAAUGGACGCUUUUCAUUCCUAUUUUAUUUUUUUGUAUUCUUACUUUCUUUUGUUCGGAUAAAAAAUCAAAUUACACGGAAAAUAUUUUAGGGAAUAAAAAAGAAUGCAUAUCUAAAUUGAUGGUGCAUGUAUGUAUAAUACAUAAUAAGAUGUAUAAUACAUAACAUAAUAAGAUGUAUAAUACAUAAUAAGAAAUAUGGAGCGGGUAGCGGGAAUCGAACCCGCAUCGUUAGCUUGGAAGGCUAGGGGUUAUAGUCGACGUUGCUUGAUCACUUUUAACGUCUCUAAUUCAAAACCGAACGUGAAAUUUUGAUUUCAUUCGGCUCCUUUAUGGAAGAUUGAUGUAUUCCUAGAGAAAAUUAGAUCCAUAACAUCUAUGUCAGCCUUUCUGUCUGAAUGUAUCCCAAACUACUCGCUUACUAGAUGAUCCCUCUAGAGGAGAGGGAUUAUACCAAAUCCGUCUAGUCUAGUUACUUCGUUCCCUAUUUCCACUCGCAGGAUCCCGAGGAAAAGAAUUUGGUUUCCACCGAGCUGAAACAAUAUGCUGAUGGUUCUAGUAAACCAAAACCACCCUUUUCUAGCUUGUUUGGCUUCAAUUUCCCUUUUACAACACCAAAAUUUAAGAUCUAGUUACGAUUGGAAAUAAACUUUUGUAUCUUCAUCCAUAGAUCCUUUAUUCAUACUCAUUCGAUUGGAAGAAUUGAUCCAAUUCAAAAAAAAUUAUGUUUCACGACUCCAUAUACAUAAUCCAAUUUUCUUAUUCAAUUUCGAAAAUAGAAUUUCUAAUUGGACUUUGGAUACAAAUCGUGAGAAUGUAUGUUCUUCCUCAAAUAUGCUAUUGAGAGGUAAAGGAUUAAACCCUUUUAAGAAAUAAAGUUUUUGAUCGGAGUAUGCAAAAAACCGAGAGACCCCUUAACUUUUUAAGUUGUUAAUAGAACGAAUCACACUUUUACCACUAAACUAUACCCGCUACAUAUA